AUGACGGUUGCGGGCGCCGCCGGGGGGGGACCCUCCCGGGGCCCCGAAGCACAGGGCGUGAUCAGCGGCGCCGUGUUCCUUAUCAUCCUCUUCUGCUUCAUUCCCGUGCCCUUCCUGAGAUGCUUCGUGGAGGAGCAGUGCGCGGCCUUUCCUCACGACGAGUUCGUAGAGCUCAUCGGUUCCCUCCUUGCCAUCUGCUGCAUGAUUUUCCUGGGCUUUGCAGAUGACGUUCUGAACCUGCGCUGGCGCCACAAGCUCCUUCUUCCUACCAUGGCUUCCCUCCCACUGCUCAUGGUUUACUUCACCAACUUUGGGAACACGACCAUUGUAGUGCCUAAGCCCUUCCGGCUGCUGCUGGGCAUGCACUUGGACCUGGGUAUCCUCUACUACGUGUACAUGGGCAUGCUAGCAGUGUUCUGCACUAACGCCAUCAACAUUCUCGCUGGAAUUAAUGGCAUUGAAGCAGGGCAGUCUCUGGUGAUAGCUGCUUCCAUUAUCGUAUUCAACAUGGUAGAGUUAAACGGGGAUUAUCGAGAUGAUCACAUUUUUUCUCUCUACUUCAUGAUUCCCUUUUUUUUUACCACGCUGGGGCUGUUUUACCACAACUGGUACCCGUCUCGAGUGUUUGUUGGGGACACCUUCUGCUACUUUGCUGGCAUGACCUUCGCCGUGGUGGGGAUCUUGGGGCACUUCAGCAAAACAAUGCUGCUUUUUUUCAUCCCGCAAUUGCUCAACUUCCUCUACUCAUUGCCUCAACUCUUCCACGUCAUUCCUUGUCCCCGUCACCGGCUGCCGAGGCUCAAUCCUAGUACAGGGAAGUUGGAGAUGAGCUACUCCAAAUUCAAAACUAAGAGCCUGUCUGCCCUGGGAACAAACAUUCUGAAGGCAGUCAAGAUCUUGCACAUAGUAGAUGUGAGGAGUGGAACGGAUGAAGAUGGCGAAUACACCGAGUGCAAUAAUAUGACACUUAUUAACUUUGUCAUAAAGCUGAUUGGACCCACCCACGAGCGAAAUCUCACUCUCCUGUUGCUACUCAUUCAGGUCCUGGGCAGCAUGAUUGCCUUUUCAAUCCGGUACCAACUAGUGCGCUUGUUUUACGAUGUCUGACUCGGCUGUCAGGGAGCAGGGGAAAGAGUUUUAACUGCCAGUCAAUUUUCUCCAGUUGCUGACCAAAUGAUUCAACUGACCUUGCUUCGGCCCUCUGAGAACCUCAGGACACCUGUCAAAACACAGCUCUGCGUGGGCCAAUCUUGAACCGUAAUCAUCUUCCCCCCCCCCCCCCGCCUUGCAGAGAAGGCUUUUGUCCAAUUCUGCUAAUAGAAAAGAUUCACUGCUACUGGGACAUCAUUGUUACUGGGAAUACCUUUCAGAGGGGAAGUAAAUGACCCAAAUGUUUACUCACAGUACUUGGAGAAAGUGGGAAAGAUGAAAUCUCUAUACAUCUAACAAGCAUGUUACUGUUCCCAGAGAGAGAGAGAGAGAGAAAAAAAACAGGAACUUCAAUUUCUGUGAGACUCUGUACAGCAGAACAAGUAAACCAGAAUCCUCUCCUGGCUUCUCCAAUCCUGUCUUUGGUCCAUGGACGUAGAGUAACAUGUUAUAAAGCAUAUCCAAAACUCAGAGCGCUCCGAGAAUAAAAUAACUCAUGGUACCCU